AUGAGUGCAAGCAGCCUCUCUUGGGACCAGGCUGUUCUCCAGCCUCCGGUGUGUGAUGCCUGGAAGGAGAUGAUGGAGGGAGCAGCCUACCAGCUGGCCAGCUGCAUCGUCCUCCUGGGUUACAUGGGGGGAAGUGGCAUCUUUGGGUCCCUCUAUAUCUUUGGCCUCCUGGCCCCAGGCUACUUCUGCUAUGCUCUGUGGGGCUGGCUGAGUGCCUGUGGGCUGGAUAUCUUCGUCUGGAACAUGCUGCUCGUCCUCGCCUGCUUGCUUCAGCUGGCUCACCUGGCUUACCGGCUCCGCAGAGACACCAUCCCGGAAGAGUUUGACCUUCUCUACAAGACCAUGUACCUGCCCUUGCAGGUGCCCCUGGAAGUCUACAAAGAAAUUGUGAAGUGCUGUGAAGAGCAAGUCCAGUUCCUAGCCAGAGACCAGAAUUAUGCGGUGGAGGGCAAGACGCCCAUUGACCGCCUCUCGUUGCUGCUGUCUGGCAGGGUCCGAGUGAGCCAGGACGGACAAUUCCUUCACUACGUCUUUCCGUACCAGUUCCUGGACUCUCCAGAAUGGGAGUCGCUGCGACCCUCUGAGGAAGGAACUUUCCAGGUCACGCUGACAGCUGAGACCGACUGCAGCUUCAUCACCUGGCCAAGGAAGAAGCUGUAUCUCCUCCUGAGGAAGGACCGCUACGUUGCCCGGCUCUUCGCCUCCCACCUGGGCUACGACAUCUCGGAGAAGCUCUACUCGCUCAACGAGAAGCUCUUUGCCAAGUUUGGCCUUCGCUUCGACAUCCGCUUGCCCAGCCUCUACCAUGUCCUUGGGCCAGCCUCCUCCGAGGGGGAGCCGGAGGACUGCGAGGAGCCGCCGCCUGCCUCUGGCCAGCCUGGUGUCUCUGAGCCCCCUCCGCAGCCACCACCACCGCCACCGCUGGCUCCGCGCCCCCGGGCAUCCCGGCCCGACAGUGACCUGCUGGGUGAGGACUCCACCAGUCUUGUCUUGGAAGAUUUUGCUGAGUUGCCGGGGUCUUUUAUGGACUAUGUGAGCGAAGGGGAAGAGAAUAGCCAUUCUCCCCACCCUCUCUGCAAAGGACGAGCCCCUCUGGCUCCCACUCAGACCCCCGAACUCUAGGGAACAACAGGCUGUUUUGAUCCCAAAGCCCCUCCAAGGGAGCAUAUGCUCACACAGGUUUCUGACCAGAGACACUCUUUAGCACGCACUGAGACGUCUGCCUGCAGACAUGUACACUCAGGAGCACGUGAAGCGCACGCGUGAGACUGCGGUGUGACACUCCAGCACCUCCCACCCCAUGGUUGUUCACCAGAGCUGCCUGCCCCAGUGUGCUUCCCCGGUUUGUUUUCUAGUCCUGCCUCUGAGAUGUGUUGGCAGCUCUGAUACCAAGGUACACCGAUAUCGCUGCAAGCGAUACCAGCCUGCUCGCAGAAUCUGUGUUCCCUUUGAUUUAAUGAUUCCCAUUAAAGUCAGAGAUGAAACUA